GUUCCGUCCGCGCGGGACCAUCGCGGGUUAGCGCUCGAUUGCGCCAUCGGCCAGACAUCGAAGGGCCCCACUCUUCCGGCAGCGCUUCUCGACUUUCUUCCCGACAGCCGGACCGGCGCAUUGUUGGUGCACCUUCCGUGCGAAGCGGCCGGGAAAGAAACAGUUGCUCGCCUGGCCAUCACUGCGCCCUCUCUUCGAGACACGUCUCCGGACUCGGAUAAGAGCCGUCUUAACACCCUGCCGGCCAUGUUCCGCCACGGCGCCCGCAGCUUUGCGACCAGCGCACAGCGCGCGGCCGCUGCCGUCGCCGCCGCCGAGCCGUCGCAGCACCUGAUCAACGUGGCCAAGGCCCAAGGGAUUGCGAAGGGUCUGACAGGAGCCAUCGGCAACACGCCGCUCAUCCGACUGAACCGGCUCUCGGAGCAGACGGGCUGCGAGAUCCUGGGCAAGGCCGAGUUCAUGAACCCGGGCGGGUCGGUCAAGGACCGGGCGGCGCUGUACGUGGUGCGGGACGCCGAGGAGCGCGGGCUGCUGCGGCCCGGCGGGACCGUGGUCGAGGGCACGGCCGGCAACACGGGGAUCGGGCUGGCGCACGUAUGCCGCAGCAGGGGCUACCGGCUGGUCAUCUACAUGCCGGACACGCAGUCGCAGGGCAAGAUCGACCUGCUGCGCCUGCUCGGCGCCGAGGUGCACCCCGUGCCGGCCGUCGCGUUCGACAACCCGCAGAACUACAACCACCAGGCCCGCCGCCACGCCGAGCGCCUCGACAACGCCGUCUGGACGAACCAGUUCGACAACGUCGCGAACCGCCGCGCCCACAUCGAGACCACCGGCCCGGAGAUCUGGCACCAGACCGGCGGCCGCGUCGACGCCUUCACCUGCGCGACCGGCACCGCCGGCACCCUGGCCGGCACCACGCGCUUCCUCAAGGAGGUGUCGGGCGGGCGCGUCAAGAGCUUCCUGGCCGACCCGCCCGGCAGCGUGCUGCACUCGUACAUCAGCUCCGGCGGCCGGCUGAUCGAGCGGACCGGGUCGAGCAUCACGGAGGGGAUCGGGCAGGGCCGGAUCACGGACAACCUGCGGCCGGACCUGGAGCUGCUGGACGGGUCGCUACACAUCAGCGACGAGAAGAGCAUCGAGAUGGUGUACCGCUGCCUGGACGAGGAGGGGCUGUACCUCGGCGCGAGCUCGGCCCUCAACGUGGUCGCGGCCAAGGAGGUGGCCGAGAAGCUCGGCCGCGGCCACACCGUCGUGACCAUCCUCGCCGACGGCGCGUACCGCUACGCCGAGAGGCUGUUCUCGAGGAAGUGGCUGGAGAGCAAAAAGCUGCUGUCGGCCAUCCCGGAGCAUCUGCAGAAGUACAUUGUCCUGCCGUGAUGGUGGUAACCAGUUUCGACGCCGCCGCCGCCGCCGCAGCCCUGCUAGAAGUACAUAGGCCAU